CUGGAGUUGAGGUGCGUGCUGUACGGUGCAACCAUACGCCUGGCCUGAAGUGUGUCAGGCAGGCCCUUUCUGAAGGAAUCCCCCUCACGGCCUCUGCCCUCGAUCCAUCCCUCUCGCCAUGGGUGACAGUAGACUUGGUGACACAGUCUGUAAGGGAGGCCCUGUGUGACUAUGUAAACAUGAAGUGGAGGUUGCAAACAUAAACGAGUGUGUGUGUGUCUUGUUAGUUGAUGAAGGAUGUAAGAAAUGCAGUAAAAAAUCUCAAGUUUAUGGGACUCGGAGCAUAAACAACUUGGGAGUCAGUCCGUGGGCGAUGUGGCAAUUCUUAGAAGAACAUGCAUCUCCUCAAAAUAUAUGUAGGACUCCUGUUCUUGUUUUCUUUCUCAGAACCAUGUUGUCAAUACUUACACACCAACAGGUCUCCAGAUCCAAAGCACAAAAGCAAUUCAAAUAUGACAAUUCCAGUGUUCCCUCCUCUCCAUGAACACAACUAUGUUUUAGCUAUGUUGAGGGGCAGGAGAAAUCACUGCACUCUCGCCGCGUCCGUUCUCUCUGGUUUCACAAGACUUUUGACAGGCAGAGCAGCGUGGUGAAUAUUUAGCCUCCAGUGCUUGUGUAUUGUAUGGUGUUUCUGUAGUGUGCGGCAGAAUAGACACAACAGCGGCAAAGGCUGAACAUUGGAUGCAUUUUUUUUUGUCCUAGGUGUGUCUGAUAUUUCCUCAACAAAGAUCGAUGGAAUAGCGUACAAUAUUUGGAGCUUCGGUAAUAGUUGCAAAGUCACCACGUAAUGACAUGGAGUUGAAAUGUUGCAAAUGCGUUUAUCCUCAGUUGCUGAGAAGUAGAUUUUGACGCGCGCAGGGUCUCAUCAAUAGUCUUUGAACCUGAGGUAUACGUGUGAAAAAUAACAGGUACCAAAGACAAGAACGGCAUCGAGUUCCAAGGUCUGAAUGAGAGACACUAUAGACAACGUUUCUGUAACAAGGACAUGCAGUUCUAUCCCAAAAAAUCGAACGUGUAUGUUGGAAAUGUUAUGUUUUUAAAUUGUAUUGUGGAAUAACCCAGGAAUAGCCAAAGGUUAUGAGCGUUCUUGGCGCGUUGUUUACUAAUUUCUCAACUCAAUGUUUGGAGGCAAGACUGAGCAAGUCCUAAAGGUAAGGGUGAACUUAAUAUACACGUUAUAUUGCUUUGUAUGUUUAGAAAUGGUUUAUAAUUGUCAAUAACAAUGCAUGAUACAUAAGACCCUGAGUCUGUAAUUUAUCAUACAUGAACCCUCUCUCUCUCUCACACACACUCACAAACAGCCAAUAAAGUGUGUUCAUUUAAUAACGUUUCUUUGAAAUGAUAAAGCCUUUGACAUUUCUACAGAUGUGCCCAACAUUAAAUAAUUAACGGAAUGUUCCCACGAGAUUUAAGUUAGCCAAAAAUGUACUUGCAGUGCCUUUAAUUCAAAUUGACAGCGUGCAGCAUACAUAUUUUGGUAAUGUGCGUAUUUAUCUGUACUAUUCAACUUUUUACGAAAUUAAAAUUAUAUUUAUACACAUUGUGUUCCUAUGCAGGUUGAAACUGAAAGGAUUUGGUGGAGAGGAGAAGAGAAAGGCUUGGCCGCAUAGAGGGAGGCGCCUUUCGCGCUCUCCUGAAACCAAAGCCUUUGAAUUGUUGUUUUUUUGUUCACUUCAGGCAAAGAGGAGAUAACCUGAAAAGUUGGACGCUUGAAAAUGAUGUGCAUUUAAAGGGCAUCAUUGUGUGGAUUUUCACCGCCAAGACAUGCUCCACAGCCGACCAGGAGCACGCUGGGGGAAAGGGUCUGACCUCUCCGGCGUGCGCUCAGACUGGAUUUAUACGCAUGGGAUAAUCGGUGGACCAAGAUGGAGGACGAGGAGGAGAGACGGACCGGGGGUUACCGCAAUGCCGUCAGCAGGCGCCCCUUACCACCUGAGUAACUGGAAGGUGGUGCUGUGGGCGGUGGUCUCUUUGCUGCCCCUGGUGGAGGGGGCCCGUAUGGGCACUGGUUUGGGGGCAGACUCUGUCCAGGCUUUGGGACGGGUGGGAGGGAUGUGGGAGAGGCAGCUCCCAGACACUCUACCUGAGGUGGAUGAGCAACAAGAGGAGGAGAGUGACCCAUACUCCCCCUGGCAUGGCCUCUCCGACCCCUCUGUGAUGGACGAAGCGGACGACCACCCCAGUGGCCGGUGGGUGGUCCGUUCCCCCCGCAACUCUGACCCCUCAGACGCCGAACCAACAGGCUUGGCCAAGAAAAAGAAGAGGAGGAGGAAGAAAGAGAAAGAGAGGGACAGAAAGGGCAAAGGAAAGGGAAAGGGCAGGCAGCCCCAGCAGAGCAGCCCAGACUGCAGGGUGGAGAAACGAGAGAUGCGGGUGCGGGACUUGGGCCUGGGCUUCGACUCGGACGAGAUCAUCCUCUUCAAGUUUUGCGUGGGCUCCUGCCAGUCGUCCAGGACCAACUACGACCUGGCUCUAUGGUCCCUGAUGGAGAACGGGUCCCUGCCGCGGAGGACCUCCCGGCGGGUCAGUGCCCACCCCUGCUGCCGGCCCGACCGCUACGAGCCAGUGUCCUUCAUGGACGCCCACACCACGUGGCAGACCAUCCAGUCACUGUCGGCGGCCAGCUGCAUGUGUAUGGGCUGAGGGAGCCAGCCAAGAGGAGGAUGAAUAGGACAGGGUGGCAACUGUCUGUCACUCACGCCUGCCUGAUUAUAUACAGAUGGUGGCGCGCCGCUGAGUUUGGGUCCAGGGAGAGGUUCUGGGAAGGCAGAGAGUAGUCGCUCCGAAACAUAUGCAACAGGGCUGGUCCCCAGUACAAAGCAGGAUGGAGAUUCUGUGGAGUGUCUAUGAUGGUGGAGUGAGGUCACGCCUCUUUCCUGUUGUACAUUAUCUGUUGAGGAUAAAGUGGAUUCGGUUGCAAUGAGAGACUGUCAUGACCGAAUGGCAAGACAGUCUCUGGGAAAAAGUUUUUAACAAGAUGGUGACCACACAAUGGUAGGAUCUUAAUAUUCACAGCAGUCGGGAUAUGUAUAAGACUGACCUGGAGUGCUGAUUAAAAUAUUGACUCAAAGGUCAAAAAGAGGACCAUAUCUCAUUGCAUUUGACCACAGGUAGACAGGCUCAAAAACAGGGAUUUCCGUAACUUCAUUUUUUCAAUGUUCUCUUGAAUUGUACGAAACAGAUGCCAUGCAUCUCUUUGCAUUACUGCAUUAUAAUCAACAUAUUUAUUACAGAUAAGUUAUUUAUUUAUUGUUAUUUCAUAUGAGGUCGUUUUUAUGGACUGUAGAUUUAUAUUUAUUGUCAUGAUCACAUAUCCCGGGGGGGGGUUGUGUUGCUGGAUCAUUAGACUUUGAAUUGAUUUUUGGGGGGGGGUUUUGAAACAUCAAAAAGAUCAGUACAAGUGGGCAAGGAACUCAACAUGCAUUAUGUCUCAUUUCACGCAAAGGAAGGAAAUAGUCUUGUGGCUGAAAACCAGGUUACAAGCUUAGUUUUUUCAUUGUUGUUUCAGUAUUUCAGAGCAAUUACAGUCAAUAUUACUAUUGAAAUGGUUUCCUUUAUUUUUGUACAACAAUGACAUUAUUCUGCGUAGGAAUAAAGUAUUUC